GUUCUGAUGCGGGGAGCCAAACCAUGGGGUUACUUUGGCUUGUCAGCUGCUGCCGGUGUGAGCGCGCCUUACUCCUUCAUGCUGGUCAGUGGCGGCCCGGCAGUUCGCGAGCAGUGUGUGGUGUCUUCUGGCCACGGCCUUAACGCAGAGCCGUGCUUGGAUGCAAUUGUUGCAGGAGAUGGCCGUGAUGUGUUCACAUUUACCAGCGAAGGAUCGUUGCAGACUGCGUCCGGGUAUUGCGUGCGCCUGGCUGGCGACAAGCUUGAAUUGGAAAAGUGUGACAGCAGCACAGGGGUGUGGGAAGUGAGCGCAGAUGGGCAGGUCAAACAGGGGAACAUGUGCUUGGCUGUGGAUGGCUCUGCUGUGCAUGCCUUGGACUGCGACGAAGCAGCAUCUCUCGGCGCAAGCAAUUUCUUUCAAGUGGCUGUGCCCGCCUAUGACCCAAAGGCUGUGGUUGCUGUGCGUAGCUUGGGUGAGCUCUUGCGCGGCAGCCUCGCCAGGCAAGGCAAGCUGCUGAAGGAGUUGCAGGAAAGUUUGGCAGGCAAAGUGGGGGAGCACUUUGGGGUGAGCCAGCAUGAGCUCAGCUCAACGGCGGCCGCUUCCGCAGAAGCUUUGGCCGCCUUUCGCAAAGGAACAAUUCGCUGCCACGGCUGGAAGACAGUAUUGGUGCAGCGCUGGGUCCGGAGACUUGGGAAAGGAUCAUUCACGGCCAGACGGCACUUGCUCGGGGUGAAUCUCCAUUGGAGCUACGCUCCAGCAGAGGUGAAGGUUCUGAUGCGGGGAGCCAAACCAUGGGGUUACUUUGGCUUGUCAGCUGCUGCCGGUGUGAGCGCGCCUUACUCCUUCAUGCUGGUCAGUGGCGGCCCGGCAGUUCGCGAGCAGUGUGUGGUGUCUUCUGGCCACGGCCUGACCGCAGAGCCGUGCUUGGAUGCAAUUGUGGCAGGAGAUGGCCGUGAUGUGUUCACAUUUACCAGCGAAGGAUCGUUGCAGACUGCGUCCGGGUAUUGCGUGCGCCUGGCUGGCGACAAGCUUGAAUUGGAAAAGUGUGACAGCAGCACAGGGGUGUGGGAAGUGAGCGCAGAUGGGCAAGUCAAACAGGGGAACAUGUGCUUGGCUGUGGAUGGCUCUGCUGUGCAUGCCUUGGACUGCGACGAAGCAGCAUCUCUCGGCGCGAGCAAUUUCUUUCAAGUGGCUGUGCCCGCCUAUGACCCAAAGGCUGUGGUUGCUGUGCGUAGCUUGGGUGAGCUCUUGCGCGGCAGCCUCGCCAGGCAAGGCAAGCUGCUGAAGGAGUUGCAGGAAAGUUUGGCAGGCAAAGUGGGGGAGCACUUUGGGGUGAGCCAGCAUGAGCUCAGCUCAACGGCGGCCGCUUCCGCAGAAGCUUUGGCCGCCUUUCGCAAAGGAACAAUUCGCUGCCACGGCUGGAAGACAGUUAUGGGCAGCGAUGGUCCGGAAGACUUGGAAAAAGCAGGAUCAUUCACGGCCAGACGGCACUUGCUCGGGGUGAAUCUCCAUUGGAGCUACGCUCCAGCAGAGGUGAAGGUUCUGAUGCGGGGAGCCAAACCAUGGGGUUACUUUGGCUUGUCAGCUGCUGCCGGUGUGAGCGCGCCUUACUCCUUCAUGCUGGUCAGUGGCGGCCCGGCAGUUCGCGAGCAGUGUGUGGUGUCUUCUGGCCACGGCCUUAACGCAGAGCCGUGCUUGGAUGCAAUUGUUGCAGGAGAUGGCCGUGAUGUGUUCACAUUUACCAGCGAAGGAUCGUUGCAGACUGCGUCCGGGUAUUGCGUGCGCCUGGCUGGCGACAAGCUUGAAUUGGAAAAGUGUGACAGCAGCACAGGGGUGUGGGAAGUGAGCGCAGAUGGGCAGGUCAAACAGGGGAACAUGUGCUUGGCUGUGGAUGGCUCUGCUGUGCAUGCCUUGGACUGCGACGAAGCAGCAUCUCUCGGCGCAAGCAAUUUCUUUCAAGUGGCUGUGCCCGCCUAUGACCCAAAGGCUGUGGUUGCUGUGCGUAGCUUGGGUGAGCUCUUGCGCGGCAGCCUCGCCAGGCAAGGCAAGCUGCUGAAGGAGUUGCAGGAAAGUUUGGCAGGCAAAGUGGGGGAGCACUUUGGGGUGAGCCAGCAUGAGCUCAGCUCAACGGCGGCCGCUUCCGCAGAAGCUUUGGCCGCCUUUCGCAAAGUAUUGGGCCAGCCUGGUGUCAAGAAUUCGGGCAAUUUCAGCUAUCUCAAUUUCGUGCGCUUUCGUGCGCUGACUUUAGGUAUUGGUGCAUUAGGGAGCGGCGGAAAGGCAGAAGGGGGAAAGGAUAGACGGCACUUGCUCGGGGUGAAUCUCCAUUGGAGCUACGCUCCAGCAGAGGUGAAGGUUCUGAUGCGGGGAGCCAAACCAUGGGGUUACUUUGGCUUGUCAGCUGCUGCCGGUGUGAGCGCGCCUUACUCCUUCAUGCUGGUCAGUGGCGGCCCGGCAGUUCGCGAGCAGUGUGUGGUGUCUUCUGGCCACGGCCUUAACGCAGAGCCGUGCUUGGAUGCAAUUGUUGCAGGAGAUGGCCGUGAUGUGUUCACAUUUACCAGCGAAGGAUCGUUGCAGACUGCGUCCGGGUAUUGCGUGCGCCUGGCUGGCGACAAGCUUGAAUUGGAAAAGUGUGACAGCAGCACAGGGGUGUGGGAAGUGAGCGCAGAUGGGCAGGUCAAACAGGGGAACAUGUGCUUGGCUGUGGAUGGCUCUGCUGUGCAUGCCUUGGAUUGCGACGAAGCAGCAUCUCUCGGCGCGAGCAAUUUCUUUCAAGUGGCUGUGCCCGCCUAUGACCCAAAGGCUGUGGUUGCUGUGCGUAGCUUGGGUGAGCUCUUGCGCGGCAGCCUCGCCAGGCAAGGCAAGCUGCUGAAGGAGUUGCAGGCUCUGCUGCCCAAGCUUGCCACCUGCAAAGCGAAAAUCAGCUUGGCGAGCCUGCCGAACCGUAUUGGGCCAGCCUGGUGUCAAGUUGCUUUGAUUCAACUUCGCAUUGGAAUCUUUGGAAUGACACCGUGUUGCCAGCCUGAGGGAACAAUUCGCUGCCCCGGCUGGAAGACAGUAUUGGUGCAGUGCUGGGUCCGGAGACUUGGGAAAGGAACAUUCACGGCCAGACGGCACUUGCUCGGGGUGAAUCUCCAUUGGAGCUACGCUCCAGCAGAGGUGAAGGUUCUGAUGCGGGGAGCCAAACCAUGGGGUUACUUUGGCUUGUCAGCUGCUGCCGGUGUGAGCGCGCCUUACUCCUUCAUGCUGGUCAGUGGCGGCCCGGCAGUUCGCGAGCAGUGUGUGGUGUCUUCUGGUAUUGGGCCAGCCUGGUGUCAAGUUGCUUUGAUUCAACUUCGCAUUGGAAUCUUUGGAAUGACACCGUGUUGCCAGCCUGAGGGAACAAUUCGCUGCCACGGCUGGAAGACAGUAUUGGUGCAGUGCUGGGUCCGGAGACUUGGGAAAGGCAGGUUUUGUAAUCACAUUGCAUUGCGGAUGAACGUUUGGCAGGAAGCAUGGCCCGAGCGAAAUUGUUUCUUGGCUGGCGACAAGCUUGAAUUGGAAAAGUGUGACAGCAGCACAGGGGUGUGGGAAGUGAGCGCAGAUGGGCAGGUCAAACAGGGGAACAUGUGCUUGGCUGUGGAUGGCUCUGCUGUGCAUGCCUUGGAUUGCGACGAAGCAGCAUCUCUCGGCGCGAGCAAUUUCUUUCAAGUGGCUGUGCCCGCCUAUGACCCAAAGGCUGUGGUUGCUGUGCGUAGCUUGGGUGAGCUCUUGCGCGGCAGCCUCGCCAGGCAAGGCAAGCUGCUGAAGGAGUUGCAGGCUCUGAGGCAGGUACGCCGGGCGCCCUAUUUGCCCGUGGGUACGGGCUUGCCGCGGCCCCCUGCUAGAUUGUGCUUGCCCAGCGUUCGUAAAUCGGCUUUAGUUGGCACUACUGAUUCUAAGGAUGAUCCAAUUGAGGCUCGUGCGCGUGCUGACACACUGCCGGUGAGGCUGGCGUCUGGCAAGCUUGGGGUUCAACUGGUGGGAACAGCUCGCGCAUCAGAGGAUCAGGAGCGUGCGCGCCUGGCAGGCAUCUGGGCAGGUUUUGCCAGGACAUUGGCGUCUUCGAGCGCUUCUGCUUGUGAUUUUUCAUCGACAUCAGCAAUGAGCUUGCGGCAAUUGUUUCUGGAUCGUGCACCUUCCACUCUACGCCGCCACCUGAGUGGAUGGCGCUUGUGGGUAGCAUUUUGUUCUAUACAUGAUUUGCAGCCUGUUGCUCCGCCAAUAUCAGCUUUGCUUGAUUUUUUGGAAAGUUUAAGUGUUGGCGCGCUUGAAGACCGCGGUAAUGCUCGACAGCGCAAUGCUCUGGGGGUUUUGAGCGCCAUGACUUUUGCCGCUGCAAAGUUAAGUUUGGAAAGUUUGCAGACAUUGCUACGUGAGCCCAUGAUUCAGAGCUGGAAAAAAGGUGACAAGUGGAAGCGCAGCACAGUGAAGGAAGCGGUUUUGGAUUCGGGUUGGCGGCUUCCGCUGCAGCGUGGUGUUGGUUGCUUGGUGCAUGAGCGCGCAGGGCAAGAAUCGGAUACAGAAAGUGAUUCAAGUGGGAGUAGCUCUUCAAGCGCUGCGCUGGGUGAUUUGGAUAAUCAAUCAGAUGGUGGCAGCGAAAAUUCCUUGUCAGAUGCGGUGGAAUUGGAAGGGCCUUGGUUGCUGAACGCAUUAUCAGGUGUGGCGCAUAAAGCAAUUCAUGUGGAUGGCGAUGAGGAUACUGUGUUCCUGGCUUGUCGCCCGAGUGCUACAUUGCACGCGGCUUUUGGAAAGCGAUUGGAAAAUCCUUGGUUUGAAGAGCGGUUGGCGGUGUUGGGCCGGGACUACCUGGGAGUGGGUAGCGGUCCGCGGCCGGGACUACCUGAGAGUGGGUAG